AUAACUAAAACCCAUAAGAAUUCAUUACUUUGCGAAUCCUUUAUACUUUUUCCCUAAAAACCCAUCACCAAAAAUAAAAAAAUAAAAAAAUAAAAACAAUAAAAAAAAGAAAGAAAAGAAAAUGAAAAAUCUUUUUCUACUCUUAAUAUUCAUUCUUCCUGUUCAUGCAACAAUUCCAAGCAUAAUAGGCAGUAACCUAAUAGAACAAACAUGCAAACAAACACCUUACUAUAAACUCUGCGUAUGGUCUCUCGUAUCAAAUCCUCAUAGCUUUAGUACUGAUCUAAUUGGAUUAGCUAAAAUAAUGAUUUACACAAUUGAUGCUAAGGCCACAAAUGCUCUUGAACGUAUUAACAACCUUCUUGAUCAAAGUAGCAGCUUAAUUAGCCUAGAAGAGCGACAAGAAUUGAGAGUUUGUGCUGAUCGUUAUAGUGUUAUUAUUAGAGGAGAUGUUCCUCAGUCUAUCGAAGCUUUAAGGACAGGUAACUAUAAUUUUGCUUAUGAAGGAGCUUCUGAUGCUGCAGCUGAGGCUAUGUCUUGUGAAGAAGGAUUUUCCCGCGUCGGAAAGUCGCCCAUUUCGGAGAUCAACAUAGCGGUGCAUGAUGUUUCAGUUGUGGCUGCUUCCAUUAAUAAGAUUAUUAUAAGCAGUUGAGUUUUUUCCCGUUCUUUUUUUUUUUUUUUUUUUUUUUUUUUUGUUU